AUGGAAGUUGAUGGAGAAGAUAGUAACCCGCCAGCGCGGGGUCUGAAAGACAAACUUGAGGCGGACCUCGAGAAGGAGAAUGGCGCGAGCGGCGACGGAAAACACGAUCGCAGCCGGGAUCGCUCGAAAUCGAGGGAGAAGGACAAGAAACGGAAGCGUAGCCACAGCCGCGAUAGGAAGAAGAGAUCCCGUUCCAGGAAACGCUCUCGUCCCGCUCUCGUGAUCGCCGUCGUUCGCGCAGCCGUGACCGCCGUCGUAGCCGUUCCAGCGGCCGAGGUGGUGGUCGUCGAAGCCGAUCGAGGGAUCGUCGAGACAGCCGUAGACGUUCACCAAAGUCCUGGUCCGGUUCGCAGGCUGCCCGGCCCCGAGCGCCGUGAUGUCAUGCCAUUCGAGCCCAGCGGUAGCCCUCCCCCUGGUGUCGACAAGAAUAUGACAGCUGAGGAGCGAGAUCAACGUACCAUCUUCAUCCUACAAAUCGCCCGCACCACUCGACCGCGCGACAUGGAGGAGUUCUUCUCGUCAGUCGGUAGUGUGCGUGACGUGCGCAUUAUUACAGACAGUCGUACUCGACGCAGCAAGGGUAUCGGCUAUGUCGAGUUCUGGGAAGAAGAUUCGGUACCUUUGGCCUUGGCGCUCAAUGGGCAAAAGCUGCUGGGAGCUCCGCUCGUUAUCCAACGUACGUGUGCCGAACGCAAUCGCGCAGCUGCCGCAAGUGCUACGAUAGGAGGAGCCCUCGGCUUCGGUGCGAACAACAAGGGGCCCGUCAAGCUUUGCGUGUCGCAGCUUCAUCCCCUCGUCGAUGACACGAUGCUCUCUGGAAUUUUCGACCCGUUCGGACGUAUCGAGGAGAUGAACAUGGAGACUGACGCUCAUGGUCAACGCACCGGAACAGCAUUCAUCACGUUCAAAUAUGCCGAGGAUGCCACAAAGGCCAUCGAACAGCUGAAUGGUUUCGAGGUGGCCGGCACUUCAAUGAAGGUCGUUGCUUGCGAGGGCCCGUCUUCUGAUCAGGCCGCCCCUGUUUCGAUGCCCGGAUUAGGUCACCCAAGUCAGGCAAACUAUGGCCAGCAGCCAGAUAUGGGCUACAAUAGCAUGCCGCAGGAAGAACUGGGCCCGGAUGUGCCGAAUAUUGCCACCCACUGUUUUAUGCUAACAAACAUGUUCGACCCGACGAAGGAGUCUCAACAUGGUUGGGAGCACGAGGUCCGGGACGAUGUCAUCGAGGAAUGCAGCCGUUGGGGAGGCGCCGUGCACGUCUACGUCGAUAAGGGUUCGCACGAGGGCAACGUCUACGUAAAAUGCAAUUCGAUCUCGGUUUCGCACAAAUGCGUCCAGGCCCUGCACGGACGUUUCUUCUCUGGCAAGGUGAUCACCGCCAACUACGUUCCCCUGCAAUCCUACCACGACUUAUUCCCAGACAGCGCCCGCAUGACGAGCGUCCUGGUCCCAAGCACCGGCUAC